AUGGGACAAUCUCAGUCCAGAAGUAAUGACGCCGGUAACCCAGCGGAGGGCAACAAGGCAGAUUAUUACGAGCUCCUGCGAGUAGAUUCAGAUGCCACCGGGGAGGAAAUAAAAAAGGCAUAUAAGAAGAGAGCGUUGGAAUUGCAUCCUGAUCGAAAUUAUGGCAAUGCGGAAGAAGCCACGGAACUUUUUGCAGAAAUUCAGUCCGCUUACGAAGUUCUCUCGGAUCCCCAAGAGCGUGCCUGGUACGAUUCGCAUCGGGAGGUCUUUCUUGGGAGUCAUGGAAGACCCGAAGAUGCAGGCCAUUCCUAUAAUACCCGUAUGACAACAUCAGACGACCUUUUCCAGUUGUUCACAAAAUUCAGCCCUCGGAUGGAUUUUAGUGACUCCCCGGAUGGAUUUUUUGGUGGACUGCGGGACACCUUCACUCGACUAGCCACAGAAGAACGAGCAGCCUGCAAAGGAGAAAACGUUGACAUGAUAGAGUAUCCGACAUUCGGAUUUCAGAACGACAGCUUCGAAGAUGUGGUGCGGCCGUUCUAUUCUGUAUGGGCUGCUUUUUCUACUAAGAAGUCCUUCGCAUGGAAGGAUAAAUACCGAUAUUCCGAAGCACCUGAUCGGCGUGUUCGUAGAUUGAUGGAGAAAGAAAACAAACGUCUCCGUGAGGAUGGCAUUCGUGAGUUCAACGGAGCUGUUCGAGCGUUCGUGGCUUUUGUUAGGAAGCGCGACCCUCGGUACCAAUACAACGCUCAGAGCGAAUCCCAGCGACAGGAGAGUCUCCGCCAGUCAACUGCCGCGCAGGCUGCUCGAUCAAGAGCAGCAAAUUCGGCGAAACUACGUGACCAUGUCCAGCAAGACUGGUCUAGAUCAGAGUAUGCCGACGAGGACCAUCCUGACACGUCCGAGGAAGAAGUGGAACAUUUUGAAUGUAUUGUGUGCUACAAAACGUUUAAAAGCCAGAAUCAGGUCGAGGCCCAUGAACGUAGCAAGAAACAUUUGAAGGCUGUCAAACAACUUCGUUCGGAAAUGAGAGCACAAAAUGAGGAACUUGAUCUGGAAGGGGCACCUGAUGAUGUCCAUCCGCAGUCAGACGAAGACAUUUCGGCAAUCAAAUCACAAAGCGAAAUCAACCCCGUCGAUGAAUCAUUAGACACGGCGGUUAAUCCCAGUCCAGGGAUACCUUUGGAGGAAGACAUCACUGCCGCAACUGAGCCCAGCGAAUAUUCUCCUCCAUUGUCAACGAGCCUAGAAAAUCAUUCGGGUGUUGGCGAGGAUGACUAUGUGCCAAGGGAGUUCAUUGAAAUUAGACUAGGCCAUUCAAGUACAUCUGACACCGGCGGGGAGCAGAGUAGCGAGAUGGGGAUAUUAUCCCAGGAUUUAUUGGACUGCAAACUCGAUGAGUCAGGGUUAAAUGUGAAAAAAACUGGCAAGGCUAAGCAGCGACGGGCCCGAAGAGCCCAGCGCUCGACUGAUCAAACUGGGGGAAUCAAGUGUGCUUCAUGCAAUUCCACGUUUCCAUCCAGAACUCAGUUGUUUUCCCAUAUUAAGGAGUCGAAUCAUGCACAACCCCUUUCUGCCGUCAAAGGACCUCAAAGGAGGAAAGCAUAA